AUUUCUGAAUGAAAUUCCGACGCUUAGCGAGGGAAUCCCCCGCUCAGUAACCGCUCUGAUUGCACCUUCCGGUGGAUUAAAGACCCCACCGACUCAAAACAAAAACCUCGGAGAGGGAGGAGUUUCUUUUGUUUCGUUUCUCCCUCAACCCUGUCUCUCCGUGUCGUUUGGGGGAAUGCAGUCACUGGGGUAUAGCCUAUGUACAGCCGACUGAUCGCGGCCCAGCCAGUGCUGAGCCGUGUUCCUACAGAGCUAGGCGCGUAUCAUUUCAUUUCGCUCGGAUUAUCUCAUAUAUAAAAGGAAAGAGUCACCUGCUUCAAGACUUAGACGGCUGGACGAGCUGGUUAUGUGUGAAAAAUAUUUUCUGUAAAAUUGCGACAGAGAAAUUGGGGAAAGAGAAAGGAGUGGAUCAAUUCGCGUCUAAGUGAUAUACCAAUUAUUCUGUUCUUUUUAGAUUUACAAGGAUUAAGAGGGGAUUAACGUGCUUGAUUAAUGGUGAUUCAAUCAAGAACACUUGACGAAGUUUUGAAAUGAUUGGAUUACAAUGGGUGUAUAUUUUCUUGCAGUGUCCAAAUAUUAUGACAUUACUUGAAAACCGAAUGAAGGGUAUAGCUGGAUUAAUAAGAUUAUCAGCGGAUUAACAGGUGGAUUAACUGUUUAGCUAGAACGUAAUCGUGAUUUUACCGCCAUGUCGUGUGAAAGUCCCUGGAUUGUGGGGUAGCUUUUCGGGUUUCAGGAAUCAGCGGUGUCUCGAUUAUCUUGUCUUCAGAGGCUCAAGGAAUGAGAUAAAUUACAGCGGGUGCAACGGUCAGCGAAAGCCGCCCGAUUAACGAGAUGUGAGCGGAGAUCUCCGAGAUUUCAUUAGGAAUUAGGAACUACUUGUUCUUGACAAAAUAUAUGUUGAUCUCACCUCUGAGGUGAAGGAGCAAUCCAUGUGAUAUGCAAAAAUGGCGCGAAAAUGUGCACCAUGGACACUCACUGUUCGGACAUUCCUCGGUGUUCUUCUUUAUCCUCUACUUGUCGCAUCGAUAGGUGACAUUUGGUGGAAUCUAGGCGUAUCCUCGCGACUAAACGUAUUCAGGAACCCUAACUUGUUCAUGAUCGGCACCCAGCCGAUGUGUACCCAGCUAAAGGGCCUGUCCCAGGGGCAGGUGCGCCUGUGUCAGCUAUUCACGGACCACAUGCCCUCCGUGGGUCGGGGCGCCCAGCUAGGGAUUCUGGAGUGCCAGCAUCAGUUCGCCAAUAGGCGCUGGAACUGCUCCACCAUAGAGGGUGAUUCUUCGGUGUUCGGCCCCGUAUUGAAUAUAGCAAGCAGGGAAGCCGCCUUCACUCACGCGGUGUCGUCUGCUGGGGUCAUACACUCGGUCAGUCGCUCGUGCAGGGAGGGGGAGCUCAGUAAGUGUGGGUGCAGCAAGGCGAGUCGCCCCAAGGAUAUGGCACGCGAUUGGAUCUGGGGAGGGUGCGGAGACAACAUUGAGUACGGGUACAGGUUCGCCAAAUACUUCGUGGACACACGGGAGAGAGACAAAAACCAUCGGCGGGGUUCAAGAGAACUCGGAAGAAUGUUGAUGAAUCUUCAUAAUAACGAAGCGGGACUUCGGGCCGUCCAUAACUAUGCUAUGGUGGCAUGUAAAUGUCACGGGGUAUCGGGCUCCUGCAGUCUACGGACGUGUUGGCAGCAGUUACCGACCUUUAGAGACGUCGGGAAGAGACUGAAGGAACGCUAUGAUGGCGCUGUGGAGGUUAAGUUCAACAAGCGGGGGACGAAGCUCAUCCGGAGGAACAAGAAAUUCAACAAGCCCACGCCGGAGGACCUGGUGUACUUCGAGGAAUCCCCGGAUUACUGUAACGCUAACCCCGAGACCGGGUCACGUGGUACUGUGGGUCGCGAGUGCAGUAAAACCUCCAGUGGGAUGGACGGAUGUAAUCUUUUGUGCUGCGGGCGCGGAUAUAACACUUUUAAACGUAAAGUGGUGGAACGGUGUAAAUGUAAAUUUAAGUGGUGUUGCUACGUGGAGUGUCAGACGUGUGAGCGGAUAGAGGACGUGUAUAUCUGUAAAUGAACAACAAACGGGUCACCGCAACUCUCGCUCAGCGCGAGAUUACUCGUGGUAUUGGCAUAUUGUGAAAACCACUUGCCACCCCAUUAAGAGAGUUACACACAUCUAUGUGAAAUAUACUUCUAUUCCGCCCAUUGUAAAGUGCUAAUACAAUUUUAUCGAUGUUUGAUGGGAUUUUGAAUAGCAAAAAAGACGAUCUUCAUUACGUGGUUUUAGGUGCAAACUAAUUCGUGCAUUUGGAGAGUAACUAAAUGUAACGAGCACUCCUAUUGGCUGCCAGAAACUUUUUACUGCUGUACAGUUGACCAAUGACAUAUCGUCUCUUUUAUAUGUUCUUUUAUAUCUCAAUAGGUUCGUGUUAUUAUAACAAGUAUUUGUUGUAAUACUUUGGCAUAGAAUAGAAUCUAUUUUACACGUGAAGUGACUCGCACCGUUCAGUGAUGCAUUACACCUUGCCUAUGACUUGUGAACCCCUGGUCCGGUCUAAUACGUCACUGUGUACAAUUAUCAUAUUGAUACGGACAGUUCAAGUGACCAGAAUGUCCCCCAGAAGUUAAUAAAACAUUUUACUUAAGAAUUUUUUUUUUGUGCACGUUUUCUAAAAUUUGAUAUGCAAUAAUAUAUAUUUUUGUUAAUUUGCGCCACGCCAUGUGCGCAUGUGUCUCUUUUUUUGUAUGACGUAUCGAUGUGAUUUUUAAAAUACGCAACUGUACAAAUCAUUUAUUCAACACUGCAUUCUUUUUUAUCAUAAUGCAUAGUUGUAGAAUCAGGGCAAACACUUGUUUUUAUUAUCUUCUGUUCUGUUAAGUGUCAUGUCUAUAUAUUGUAUUUCCUGCCUGAUUUUCGACAAUUUCACAUUGUUUUUUUACGUUCAGCACCUAACUUAUAAGUCAUUGAUCAUUCCUCAUAGGAACUUUAAUUUAUUCAUAAGACCUUCUACAUUAACAAAUUAGUGACAGUUAUAUUUGAAGAAGUUUGAUAUGAUGGAGAAUGACAAAUCAUGUAAAAAGAGCGAUUCCUUAUAUUACGAAUUUUUGGAACAAUCCCACCACUAAGUAUAAAUUCCUCACAUUUAUCUUUUAUGAUUGAUUGGGCUAAAAUGAAUUAUAAAUAUUUCAAAAUUUUCACACAAUUCAUCUGAAUUAACUUGUUAAAUUUCACGGUACACUGAAAGGUCAGCACAUUUUUUUUAAAAUACCGGAAGUAGACCAGUUCUAAUCUUAUCAGUUUGUACGUUUAAUGUGUCGUACUGACAUCUAUUCGAUUACCAAUAAAGAAAUAGCUGACAGAAUUGAUGUGGUAUCGCGAUGAAACGCCUAUCGCUUGUAGCGAGAUGAUGUUUCACAGAUAAGAGAUUUACGGGGGUUUUAUUCCACUUUGAUUCGUAUCUGUUUUAUUUGAAUAUGAAGAUUUGACAGGGUUAUUCUAUCAUAUAUUGUGUAAAACUUCUGUCAAAAAUUCCUACUGUACUCUAUACUAUGAUAAUUACGAAUUUCUUAAGAUAGCCAUUUCCCCCCUUGUUUCUAAUGAUUCGAGUUGAUGACUUAUUUUGUAUUUGGCACCGUAAAUAUUUUCCGUCUAAAUGACAUAACCCAAAAUUUAAAGUAAAUUUCUCCUGAUUAUAAUCUCGAGUUACAGUUUUUGUUUAAAGACAGGUUAUCUGUUAAAGAUUGACCUUUUCAUGUUUUGUAUUUUACAUGCAGUCAUGGACUUCCUUUGUUUUUAUGUAGAUAUUUAAAAUCCGCACAUGUUCAUUACCACGGUGUAUUAAUGUACUCUAUGCGCUGUACGUGACAUACAGGGUAUUUUUUGAUAUAAAAUGACAAAUAAAUGUUUUUCACAUUUGUUACCAA